GCCAAGGGGGAGGGAGCCCUGGACCGUGGGGGUGGGGUGCCCAUGCCGCGGGCAGCUGCCCUGGGAAGGAGCUGGUCCAGGGGCAGCAGGGGCCAGGCCGGGCAGGGGUGGGGCCGGGCAGGGGUGGGGCCGGGCAGGGGUGGGGCAGCCAGAACGUCACUGCUGAAAGCCUGGGGGGCGGACUAGCCUGAGGACAGAGAGGCCCCUCCCGCUGCCCAGCGCCCAGUCCAGGGCCUGGGUGAGGGCCAGAACCGCAGAGCUCCCACCCCCAGUUGCAGAGGGGAGGGGCGACACCCCCUCCCCAGGCUGCCCCUGGCCAGCGUGACCCCGGCUCUGCCCAGCCCGGGCGGCCUGGUGCGGGGACAGGGCUGGGUGCUGGGGGCUGGCCACGGGGUGGGCCACUGUCCGGCUGUUCCAAUCCAAGGCCGUCACUGAGGCAACGGCUUGAUGACAAUGACGCCCACAUCACACCAGCCACGGGCGUGGCCCUCCCCUGGCCCCCCGCCCCCCGGGGCCCCCAGUCCCUGUCCGGCGGCCCCGUCUCCAUGUCCUCCUGCUCCCCCUGCCCCUGUGUCCCCAUGUCCCUCUGUCCCUGUGUCUCCGUCCCCGUGUCCUCGUGCUCCCCUUACCCCCCGUGCCCCCGGGGCCCCGUCCCUGGGUGCCCGUCACUCUGCUCUUUCCCCUGUGUCUCCAUGACCCCGUGCCCCUGCUCCUGUGUCUCGGUCCCCGUGCCCCCGGGCGCCCCAUGUACCCCGUGUCACGUCCCCGUCCCCGUGUGCCAGCCCCCUUGCCCCCGGCCCUGCGUCCCCGUGUCCCUGUGCCGUUACCCCUGUGUCCCUGUCGCCACGUCCCUGGCCCUGUGCCCCUGCCCCCCCGUCCCCGUGUCCCCGUGCCCCCUGCCCCGCGUCCCCGUGCCCCCCUCCUCACGUCUCUGUGUCUCCAAGAUCCAGUGUCCCCGCAUCCCCGUGUCCAUGUUCCUGUGUCCCCGCGGCUGCGCCCAGGGCUGCCUGUCCUGCGUGAAGUAGGCAGCCGCCCGCUCGGGGCCCGAGGCCUCGGCAGAGGGGGGGCCUGGCAGAGACGAGGACGCGCAGCCUCCACCCCGGACGGCAGCCCCUUCACUGCUCCUGCUCCUGCUCCAGCUCCAGCCCCCCUCAGCGCAGGCACCGGCCCGCAGCUCCCCGCGGGCGCCCCAGCAGCUCUCCAUCCAGGGGUCACCCGGAAGGAGUGUCCUGGUCCCUCUCGGACGGUCCUGCCCCACGUGCUCGCAGAUUUGGGAGCCGGACCUGGACCCCAGCACACCUGCUCUGUCCUUUUAGACCUCCAGGCGGCAGCAACGGAGGAAGAGACGCCUCAGGCAGGCUCCGCCCAGCGCUCACUGCAGCUCCUGGGACCUGAUGACCAACCGACCGACCGACCGACCUGGCGGGCUUGUCCCUGAGGAGCCUCGUCCACCGCCUCGUCCCUCCUCCUGCCGCCUGUCCCCGCGUCUGUGUGGGGCGCUCUGAUCUGCAGGUUCAGGGGUCCCUAGCCUCCCAGUGCUGCUCGGGGUCCUGUCCUCAGGGAGGCUGCCCAGGCCCAGGCCCAGGGAGAGGACAGUCUGCUCUGCUCACCCCCAAACCCAGGCCCCGGGACCAGCAGGCGCGCAGCGGAGGUCAAAGGGAAGGCCCGCCACUGCCUUCCCCGGGGUCGCCCACCCACCCGGAGGAGCAUGGGGGUGAGACGCCCGUCAGACGGCGGGAACAGACAACCUCGCCAUCGGUGUGAGCCCUGCAUCCUGUCCCGAGGCCCCUGGCACGGAGCCGGCGCCAGCCUGACCGGCUCAUGGCAGGUACCUGAGGCGGCAGCCGCGGGCCCUGUCCCGGGUCGGCAUCUGCCUUCCGAGGAGCCGGCAAGACGGGCGGGUGUGCGGGCCUCCCCUUCUGCUCCUCCGCUGGCCUGCCGUUCGGGGCUGAACCAGAGAACCUCCUCAGCCCAGCGCCCAGGCCCCGAGGACCUCAGAGCCUCCGUGGGGGACACCCAGACGGCGCUUCCUGCUGCUUCACCGAGGACCCCUGUGCGCUCAAGAACAGCCGAGGGCGAGCACCUCCUCCGAGCCCGUGGCUGUCCGUCCGCCUCCCCACCCACAGCCCCACUGCGCUGCCUGGGUGUCUGCACGUGGGGAGGACCCCUCCCUGCCCCUCCCGGCUCCCGGCCGCCCUCUCGUCCUUUCCGGACACAGGGCAGCGCGGGUCCUGAGAACCACGGGGGUGGGGGGUGACCGCGAGCCUCCACCGCAGGGCAGCGGGCGGACACCUGCCCACGGCAGACCCCGGAGCAGCCAGAGGACUGGCAGCAACGCCCGUGUCCAGCCAGGAGGCGGGGGACGCCACGCCCCUCUUAACCUGGGGGGUGCCCAUUCCCCGCCCUUCGCGGCUCCUGGCCAGUUUCAGCUGCAGCCGCCUCGGCCCUCCGCUGCCCCGGCGCCCCCGGAGCAGGUACCUGUCCACGGGUCGGCCGCGCUGAGGUAGGACAGGAGCCCGCAGCACAGCAGGAAGGCCAGGGCGGAGAGGAUCGCGUUCCUCUGGAGCCGGGACAGCUGCUUCCAUGCCUGCGGCAGGGGCGGAGGAGCACCUUUACUGGGACUCACACAAGUGCCCCGCCCCGCAGGAGAGCUCGCCCAGAACCUCCCGGGUCUCAGAAGCACCGGCCGACGGUUUUUCCAAAUUCCGCCGUCAGGCCGAGGCCAGACAAAGCGAAGCCACGGGACAGGGCGUGGCGGGUGACACUGAGGGUCCCGCUGCGGGAUUUUGUGGAUUAAACUCUCGUGUGUGCUCGCA